AUUUCGUUAUUUACUAAAAGAAAAAAAGCACAUUUACAUUUCAAUCAUGUCGAACACUCUUGUUAUUAACCUUUCCUUUAACUGCCCCGUCGUGGACAUCAUUGGACCCAUCAAGGAAACGACUAUCGAACGUCUUAAUGAACUCCUUCCAACUUCGACGACAUCGACUCGUAACUGUCGAUCUGAAGCUCCAAAAUUUCAAUACUUGUCUAACCCAGAUCACUGGCACCUGAAAUUAGAUGGACAGCUUUGCGACUCUGAGGGUGUGUCCCACUUUAUCGUCGUCCUUCUGGACGUAUUGGAGCAAGAAGGGGGCUGGACUCUCGUAUCAUCUCAAGCUUCAAAUUCAGACAAUGCUGGUGCUAUUCAACAGAAAUAUGUCGAAAACUAUAAAUUAUUUUUCUCGAAGUUUGUAAGCAGCGAAUAAUUUAUGUUUCAUGUAUGGGAAAAAAAAAGUCAAAAUUGGUUUAUCCCGUUAUAUUUUUGACGUCAAUGUAUAUAUUUACAUAUUUUAUGUAAUAUUUUUAUGUAAGCUGUGAAUUGCGUUUUUCGUGCUUUAUGGUGUUACAAAUUGACUGAAAUAUAUAUAUAUAUAAUAUAUAAAUAUAUAUAUAUA